AUGGAUAGAUCUGAUGAUCCUAUUAUUAUAGAUGAGUUAUUUAGAAAGGUUAGGCCUGAGGAAAUUUCUGAUGAUCUAAAGGAGCUGGGUGUGGAUAUUGAUCCAAAAGCCUUUAAAAAUCCAACUGCUGAUGAAUCAUUGGGUAUAUAUAGCGUAGCUAUCCAAGUUAUAUAUGGAAAAACCGUGGAUGAUAUACGUCCUGAAGAGCGGCUCGGCUUGUUUAGUGAUUCUGUUUCCAUAAUUGAUGGAGUUGAUAUCGGACCGAAUGAUAUAGAUUUCCUUAAGUGUGGUAUUGGUAACUUGCGAUAUUGGCGCUAUUGUCAAAGGCUUCAUCAAACCUUAGGUCUAGAACCAAUUGAGCGCUACGAACUGUUUAAUCCUACUCCCGAAAGUUUUAAUCGAUUUAUUACAGCAUUCGAUGUAUAUUUAAGAUUCAGAGACGCUGUAUAUAAGUUAUUUGAGACAACGAUAGCCAGUCUCAAUCUAUUAUCAGAACGUGAUAUGCACGUAACAAGGGAUAUUAGGUCCAUAAAUGACGAAUAUGAUAAAUUCAAGAAGGUCCACAAUGAAACUCUGGAUGAGCAUAGAGCAUUAUCGAACCAAAAGGAGACCCUAGAGAAAAAAUUGGUAGAAGCAAAGAACCUGUUCAACGAAUACAAGCAUAAAAAAAAUGAGAUAGAAGGUGAACUUGAGGAUGUUAAACAUGCUUUGAGCAAUACACUUCUUUCUAAAACUAAGGAAAGAUGCUUGUUUGAUGAUUUAUCAGAUAGCUUUAUCAUUGAUUCGGCGGCGGUUGAAAAAAUACUUGGCGAAUUGGACAAUGAAUUCCAAAUAAAAAAUGGGAAGAUAGGGCUGUUAAAAAAAAACGUAACGGAUUUAAGGUUGAAGUAUGACAAUAUCGUACGAUCUUGCACGUUCUUGGAGGAACUUGGGAAAAAUUUGCAACAUCAUCACAAUAACGUAACGAUACCUCAUGUCGACAGUCUACAAGAACUCAAGAAACUCAAGGCACAAUGCGACUCCUUAGGAGAAAAAAUCAAAAUACUCACAGAGAAUAGAAACUUCAUAGUCAAUAAGUUGGAACACCUAAAAAAACUCCAAAAACAAAAAUUGGGACGAGAACAAGAAGAAUCGCAACUCAGAAUCAAUCUUGCAAAACGGUUCGCAGAAGACACGGAAAAAUCAUCGGACCUAAUCAGAGAAAAAAUAUCCGAAACCAACGAAAGGAUUGAGGGCGUAGUACUCGACACUCUAACCUAUAGGCAAAACACAGAGGAGCUGUUCCACAAUCUGAAUCGCAAGAUAAAACAUGUAGCAACCGCCACAAAAUGCUACAACGAAAGAAUAAUGUACAUUAACAGCAAAUUGCAAGAAUAA